CCUGCUAAUAGUGCGCCCGGUGGAUUGUCAACACUAUGGGCAAACGUAAACGUGAUAAAGUCUCUUCAUCUUCCGGUCGAGCUCUGGGAUUUCAUUGUACGAUGGGCAUGUCAGGGCUCCGGUCCUCGUGGGCUUGCAGAUAUUAACUUCAAGAUGGCUUGCAGCCUAGCCUUGGUCUCCAAGAGAUUGUACAGCCUCAUGAUCCCGCUCAUUUACACUCACGUGAGACUGACGAAGCCAUCUGACUUGCUGCUCUAUGCUCAGACCGUCUCGAGCAGACCCUGUCUAUCUCAACACACAAGAAGCCUCUGGAUUGGACCCGACGAAGACCACGUGGAAUCUCGAAAUUGCUGGCCUCUCAAUGAAUAUCGCACAGCCAUGAUAUCGUCAAUUACCGAUCCUUUGGAGCUGCCCAUACGGCUUGACGCCGGUACCUGCUACUCUUUUGAGGCUGGUCAGCCUCUCUCCUCUGAGGGAUGGCUCUUCGAAGCUGCUAGAGUUGUCAUCCGCGAAGCAAGUCGGACUGUAGGUGAUCCUCAAUACGGAAGGGGCGUCAGCCUGCGCUGCGGAGGGACCGUGUCUUUUGACGGAAAAAAGCUUGGGCUCAAUGAAGGGCAGAUCAGAGUGUAUCAAGUUCAACAAGUCUUAGAUUGUUUUCUUCAAAGCCUGCGCAAGAGGCAACAGUUGCGGUCUGCGCCAGGACCUGCCUUGCGAGAAAGCAGUACGAUCUGUUCUCUUCGAACGCACCCUGCUUCUGAUCGAUUCGAUCAUCCGCUUGUGUACGCUCGGACCGGCACAGAUUCCAAGUGGCCUACAUGCGAUUGGGCACUUCUCAAGAAAGCGAUGGUGGACGAAGAAGAAGAUAUCAAGGCUGAGGUACAGCGCAGUAUCCUCCACACCUCCACUGAGUAUAGCGGAGAGUGUUGUGUGGAUUUAGAAGAGGCUAUUUGCGGAGAGGUGCGAGCGGCUGUGCCGAGUGUGGUGGCCCUCGUCCUACUUUCUCGGGUGGUCUUGGCACAAUCCCCAAAUUUAGUCGGCCUGGCGCUCAAGGGCUAUCUGCAACAGGCUGUGACAGGGACAAAGAAUGAUCAAAGAUUCGAGAGGCUUCACUUGCUGGCAUUGGGACCACCGGGGCGACAUCCCGAAGCUCAUCUCCGUCUUUCGCACGCCGGCUUGGCCAGUGUCAAGAAGCUGAGACUGUGGGGUAAGAAUUGGAUAGACUCGGUUUCGGAGAGGCCUCCCGUAGCUCAUACUGUGUUGCCUUUCUGUACUUAGGUGGCGAACCGAGCCCAGAGGCCGCUCGAGCCAUAGAUGGGCCUAAUGCUCUGCCUGCACUCGAAAGCAUGCACUGCACAUGGUCC